AAUAUAUGAUACCGAUGGAGGACGUCACUACCGGAUUGAUCUCAUCCAAUUCCCAUUCCGAGGAAGUUCCGGUAGCCGGCUCCGUCCAUUCGUUCGCUUGGUCAUCCACUCCCCUGGGUCCAAGGAGUUCUUGGAGCCCUUCUUUGAAAACAACCGUGGAUUUGUGCCUAAAUUCGGUACUUCCUACUGCGAUUUGUUAUGGACCUGAAUGGAUUUUGAUAUAUAAUCAAGCGUGGGGGACCUUGUUGAAUUCAAACCAUCCAACAGGUCGUCCAGUGAGUGAAGUUCGGACCGAAACUUAUGUUGUUUUAGAGCCUUUGGUGAGAGGUGUUUUUUCCACCGGCAAGAGUCAACUUGGCACUGACACACCCAUACCUGUGCAGCGAGGGGACGAUGUCGAAGAAUGUUACUUCUCACUUGCCUUAAGCCCUAUGUUCAAGGAGGAUGGAACCGUUGGCGGUGUGUUUAUUGUUGUUCAGGAAACAACUCAACGGAUUUUGGCAGCUAGAAGGAUGAAAACCUUGA